UUUUCUGCAGGAUUCUUAACCGAUAUCCAGAGCUGCUUACCUAGGAAAGUUUUGAUAACAUUAGGUGACCCUGACUAUCAACAGUUUCCAUAUUUUAUUGAAGCGUACAGAUGUAAUGGUGUUUGUUCUACGUCGUUUACGCCAAAAGAACAGCAAUGUAUCGCGGUGACGUGGGAGAAUAUCACGGGGAAUGUUUUCGACCGGACCACUCUGUCUAUAAAGCCAAUUACUGUUCAGAAUCACACCAGUUGUAACUGUCAGUGCGUUGCAAAGGCGGAAGAUUGUUCCGAGAAUGAGCAAUUUGACAAAGGCAAUUGCCGUUGUGCUUGCAAGUACACCGAUGAACCACCCAAUCCGUGUCCUGAGAGAUUUAGGUUCGUUUGGUUAUUUCUUACAUUUUGGUUUUACGCUUACAAAGAGUUCUCGUAAGGGUCUUAGCAUCUCGAAAUUCUUACUCUAUUCCGCUGCACGUCCCCCUGUAUUGCUUUUAAGACACUCCCAUUUUUGUCUUGGAUCUGUUGCUAUGCGGGAGAAGAAGAAACUGUCAAGCUUCUGUUUAUACAAGAGAGACUGACUGCAAUGCAACAAACUUCGCCUAAAGCAAUGCAGUUGAACCCCUCUGAAGCAGGAUGGGAUCAUGGGCUCGAUAUCAUGGGGUCUCUCAGGCAGAGUUCACAUUUGUUGCCCGGCAUAGACUGCAAGCAGUCUCUCUUUUGCUCGAAAUGCUGCCAGUACCCACGCUAUAGUUCGGGCACGGUGCCGGUGCUCGAGUACAAGGUCUUGACCUUGUACUCGUGCAAUAAAGUGGACACCGGAACUAAACCAAUUUGUUAGUUUUGGGGGAGUCACUACUUUGUACUAGCCGCCAAGCUCAUGAUUCAACACGGCGUCUGACAGGGCGAAAUAGAACAAUUAUGUUCACAGUCACAUAUUGCCAUGGGUACUCAAGGUGUGAAUACAACACACAACACUAUUUUGUGCGGGUACCCAGGCACUGAUUCCUUGGCACCAAUAUAGUGUGGACAGCCCCUUUAAUAAGUGAAACUCCAAACAACGAAUUGAAGGAAAGCGAUAUGUAUUAUGUGGCUAAGUUGGUAGAGAGAGGUUUACGUCAAAAGGCAAACGUUCAUUCGUACCACGUGACCAUGUGUUUCAUUCACUUGUCUUUUACUGUUUUACCUUGUUUAAUAUCUGUACAAAAUGGUAGUACUUAUCUGGCCAUUUCCUAAUUUUGAGAGAUUUCCAGCUUGAAUCUUGCCUUUUGCCCUAUUAGGGUUAUAAAGUCCACAACUGUAAAAUAGUCUGUUGAGACAGGAAAAAAAUCCGAUUUCAAAAUCGCCCGGUUGAUCCUAGUCGGAUGAAUCUCGUGACAGUCACGAGACUCAUUCAGUGAAUGUCAGAUUCAUUGUGAUUUGUCCUGUUUCUCUUGUUUAAGGUGGAAUAAAGGCCGGUGCAAGUGCGUAUGUUCAGGACCAGUAGAGUUUUGUAACAGUAAACAGGUAUAUACGAUAUUGCCUCGUUGAUGCAGACUCUAAAGGGAGAGAACCAGGUGUCCAUAUUAUACACAUGUCAUAGAGAUACGGGCUGUACAAAGUUUCACUUCUUUGACACCUGGAGAACUGUGUGUAAAGUUGUUCGUACCCUGGAAGUGUCCGUGAUGUGACAUUCGCCCAUACACUUUUGUGCCGCCGAUAUGUGUAUAUGAAAGUCAAAAGGGGCUUGGUUCAAAAAAUGCUAAUCCUCAUGUGGGAUUUCGUUGUUUUUAUCCCUAACCCACCGCCAAAAAUUUCAGUGUUCACCAUCGAGAUCUUAUACACAGACUUGAAAGACUACUUCUCUCGAAUGUUCGCUUAAGGAAUGAAAUAGUUGUAAUUAAGAAUUUUUUAACCUUGAACAUCUAGAUAUGGAGUCCCGAGGUUUGUGGCUGUAUUUGCAGUCGUUUUGCAGUGGAAUCGUGUAAAGAUGAGCAAAAAUAUCUCAAUGCUUCAACCUGUGCGUGUGUAGCAUCUGCGCCGAAGUCAACUAACCCUGGAGUAGCGGGCGAAAGAUCCUGUAAGUAGAUCAGGCUAACUCCUAACUUCAGCUCAUUUUGAUUGAAUUGCGUAAUGCAAUUUCUAAAACUAAGGUAGUUUUCAGUGUCUGAAGACAAAAUCAAUCCAAAGAAUCAUUCGACACUGAGUAAAUACAUCUAGCUGGCAGUAAGUAACAUAUGAACUGCCUGGUAACAUUAUUUUGGUCAGCGAUUCCAUACUAUGUCACUGUGAACUUUCUUGCCUGAAAUACGCGGUCGUGUUAUACAGUGGUAAAAUAUCUACGUUUGCGUUGAAACCCUCCACCAAACGCGGGAACACGCGAGCAAGUUAUGAAUGCUUUUGUUUUCAAUUCUUAUUGGGCAAGCAGGUCGCGGGCGAUCUAUGACCUUCAUGAUCACAUCCAAAACUAUCCUGCAUAACAGGCGCAUUAUGAGCCACGCGAGGGUUUUGCGUUUCUCGCAAAAUGCCGCGUUCGCCUCGCGUGGCUCACUAAGUGCCUGUUGUACAGCUUAUACAAAACUAGACUGCUUACAGUCCGCCUUUUCUCUUAAAAUUCGGCUAGUUCUUAUCUCAGCCUACGCGACCUGCAAGUGCUUGAGUUUCGUUCGUGUGUAGUAACUUUGCAAAGAAAAAGAAGAGACUGCUAGUAGUCUGAUGCAAAACUAGACAAAGUAUGUCUGACAAUCAAGUGAAAGGUUCUUGGAAUCUCUUUCUGUUUAUGGGUGUACUCACAAAGCGGUUUUCCUAAGCGUUUUCAAGUUUUCCUAACUUAAUUAGUAUUUUUUUUGUUUAUCUUUGCAGCUGAAGAAGUAAUGGACUGGAAGAGGAUAGCUUGGGUGAUGUUAGCUGAGCUGAUUGUUUUAUUAUUACUCUUUGAUCUAUACCUGUGCUGUAGAUAUGAAAAAGGAGUCAUUCACUGGAUACUUGACAAGUGCCGUUUCUCCUCUAAAGGUAAACAUUUCAAUUGCGAGGAAUGUAAUACUCGUCUUGUCACGGAGCGUGGGACAAAGAAAACCUUUGAUUUCGCGAAGGAAUUCGAACGGUGACCCCGCCCUGUAAUCUCCUACCCAGAUCUCUUAUCGUCAACAAGAGAUCUGGGUACAAGAUUACCCGUCCUGCCUGUUCCCCCGCCCCACCCCUCUCCUCUCCUCUCCGUACGGCAAUUUAUUUUCGCGGGUUGUAAUUCUUACGAAUUUUUGCCUUUUCUUUCACGAUCCGCAAAAAGUUCUCUUUUCCGAUGGCAAAAUGAUAAACAUAUAAACAUUUGAUAACUAGUUUCCAGCACAACGACAUUUUAUCUUAAACGUGUAGAACAGUGACGAUUGCUAGCAUGUUUUCCCGCUAAAAUGACUCUGAUCAGGCGCGCACACUACUAAGAGUUGUGAAAAUCGCUCCCGUAGUCAUUCCCAUCUUAGAAUCUAAAGGUUUCUAGUUUCAAGCUGAUUCAAGUUUCAAGUUUAAGGAUUAUAUAACAAUCUGUUUACAAUCCGAUGAUCCUACUGACCUGCAGGUAGCUAACCUAAUCGGGGCGGAUCAGUCUCACACGAUCUAAUAUUACAGAUUUCAAAAAAAGAGAGCUACAGUUUGAAAAAAGAGAUUAACAAAGUAACAGUCGACAAAAUCUUAGCAAAAUUCAAUGGUUCGCAGAGCUCUUAUGAACGCGGCCUCUCAGCUCUAUCGCACGUCAAGAGUCACUGAUGCAAUGUCUUUCAUAGCCUGCAGUGCAGGCGUUUUCUUUGAGCGCGCAAUUUGCUCGCGAAAGUGCCAUGUUGAAACUUUCCGAAGAGAGCAGGAGAUGGGGCGUCAAUAUUUUGAUACCGAGGAAAGCGACUCCUACCACAUCAAUAAAGCUUGCAGGACUAUGAUUUUAAUAGAAAGAUACAACUGCAGUUUACGGUGUUAGUUGUAUUGCCUGUACUUUACCAAAAUAGUCGCAUGAAUUUUGAAUAUUAUACUACUACAUUAGAAAUUUCUGCAAUUUGAUUGGCUUAGAGCAGUGGUAUUUCAGCUUAAUUUGAAAUACCUACAUGGGAAAAUUACAAACCUUUUGUGGGUAGUAGUAUAAACAAAUAAUAGCAUGAUUUGCACUUGAUAUUUGGCAUAAAUACCACUUGUGACAUUUCAAAAUUGUCGUAUAACAAUUUCGUAUAACAAUUUUGAAAUAUCACUCGUGAUAUUUAUGCCAAAUAUCACCACAAAUCAUGCUAUUACCUACACUAAUUGCUAAGAAACCCUAAAAUUUUAAAUUCCCACAGAGGAAAACCAGACACUGGGAGCAAUCAAUACCUGUUAUCAAAAUCCCAGUCUCUUUCUAACAAGUUAACUGCUAAUAAACAGGAAAUAAUGGACGGUGUAACCGGCUGACAUCGCAAAGAUAAUGUUGUAGCGUUGGAAAAGGGCCAAAGUACAUAGAUUUUUUAAUUUUAUGUUGUGAUUAAUGAAGGAAAUGGUCAGAAUGAAAUUGGUGUAUAUCGCAAUGAAGUAAAGCGGCAACCGUUAACAGUUUUCCUUUUUUGUAAUCUUAAGGAUCUGUUUCUUGCAGAUGCUGCUACAGACAGUGAAAAGCAAAAAAAUGCAAACAGACCAAACACAGGAGGGGUUACAUCUAACGGAACUGCAAGUUUUGAUACUGAAACUCACAAUCACAGUCCCUCCUUGAAUAGAUGUAAAUCGAGGGAAAGCAUAGUCUAAGCUGAAUAACGAAUUAAGGAAGGUCAGCAGGUGAAAAGAUAUUAAGGACAAGCUGGAUAUAGUAAACGUUUUCCGUACAGCUACCUCUCUAUGACAGACACCAUAACAUGGUGGACACCUGGUAUUACGUUUCGUAUUGUACCAUAUCAAACGGGGUACAUUACCAGGCCUCUUGACAUAUGUUAGUAUCACAUCGAAUGCCGACAUCUGAUGUUUCAAAGUUCUAACGUUAUCGAUUAAUUCAUCAUCUGCGUGUGCUGUACACUAAGGAAUGCAGUGGUGGCAGAUUACUGUUGGAGUUUACCAGGACAGACAGCUGCUGCUUAAUUAAAAACAUGGUGGAUUCUUAUAUUUCUAGUAGCAUUUGAAAAAGAAAUCUAUGCCACAAAUAAGGCUAAGGGCAAGGCCACAAAUCCAAGUCAAACUUAAGACUAAAAUAGUUUUAACUGAUUUUAUCUCAGAAAUCUCAGGUACAUUACACUAUGCUCUGUUAAUGAUACCUACCGGAAGUGGAAUCCGUGUAAUAGGGGGUGGGGAUGCUCGUCGUCCCGGGGGCGGAAUCCCUGUGAAAGGCGAGGAUGCUCGUCGUCUCGUUCAGGGGUGCAUGCAAAUUGCAGAUUUUGGCGUCACUUUGGAUGUUCAGGAAGGAACAUCAAUACUUCCAGUUAUGAGCGUAUCUUUUUGGGCUGUGUUUGAAAAAAUAAAAAAAGGAAGAAAAAGUUCUCCAUGAAAACGUCUUCAGCUGAAACGAAAUCAGUUAUUUGGCUGUCUGUUUGGCUAUCUUUUAGGGGUCAAAUAUGCUCUUGUACCACACCUAGACUGGACUCAUUUCAACUUUCCGACAAGCAUUCACGCCCCUUUUCACAUGGAAUUCCCUUCCCUAAUGAGUAGACUUGUUGAUGAGGGCAGCGAUUUGAAAAAAAGGACAUGAGGUAGGGGUUCAUCGCUCCGUUUUGCGACUGCAAAAUAUGUAUGAAUAAAAGAUGUUAAUCGUUUUCUGAACACCCGUGUGACACCUUUCCCAUUCGCCAAUAUCCUUUUUCAAACCUCUAAAUUGAUGCGCUAUUCUGGUCUCAAAAACCGUACUCUUGAACGCGGCAGAUACCUCUGUAGCUAUACAUACAGCUGUAAGAAGGAGUAACCCCCUACGAUCAAUAACAGUAGAAACAGAUCAGAGUCCUGGGGCAUUUCUCAAUUUUCUUUACAUGUAAAAAAAGCAUAAGAAAUCACCAGCCUCUCAGUUCUGAAUGAAUACAAAUAUAUUUAAAAGAAAACUUUGUAACGAGCCAAGAUGUUUACAGUUACGUUUUACUUUCAAAACGCUGAGCAUAACUCGACAUAGAAAGGAAGCAACAAGGAGUCAGGACAGCGCAAAGUUUUUCAUUUGUUUCCUUUCCUCUUUGUUUUGUGACCGAGAAUGUAAACUACUCAAAUAUGUUAAGUUUAAGUUUGUAUAUGUCACAUUAAGAGUUUUAUGAUUCAAAGGAGGCUUCUUUACCUUUUGUAUUACAAACAAAGUUAAAAUUUGAAUUAAAAACCGUUUGUACAAAAAAGAGAAUUUUGUGUACGUUUAACUUAGUUCAGAAUAAUGAUAAUCAUAAUAAUUAUAAUAAUUCAUUGUUAUUAUUAUUCCUUGUUAUAUUAUUAUUAUAAUUAAUACUCGCCCAAAGAAAUAAUUCAUAACAAGGUUAAGAAUCCAAGCUAGUAGUAGGUACCAUGUGGUAGGCAAUAAGGAAGCUAAUUACCAGCAUGGCUGAGGAACACAGGACGACCAAGAAAAAAUCCAGCUAGUGGUUAGGGACUGCGGGCCUCAAACCCGGGAUCGUUCCAAGGAUAACUAGUCCGGAACGCUGACCACUCGGUCAGAUCUUCACUGCGUUUUUUGUAGCUCGACCAGGAGAAACAGCAACGCAGCCAGUCAAACAGUGGCCGCGUGGCUACUAUGCUAACUUACGGUGUACCGUAAACUUCCGAUUAUACCCCCUCCCCCCCAUUUAUGGACCCAUCUACCUGUAAACAGAAAAAUACAUCCAGUAAUAAGCGCCCCCUCCCCCGCCCCCGACGUUUUGAAGCUUAAAAAAGCGAUGGAAUUCAAAAAGGAGUUUGAUCAGCACUAUUAUGUAGUUUGUUUUGAAACACUUUUUUUUUUUGUCCGGUUACAACGCCACCCCCCUCCCCCUCCCUCCCCGAAUAUAAGCGGCCCCGUUUAUAAGCCCUCCUAAAACCCCUAGUCUGCUACACAGCCGUUUUUAGAGUCGUCACGCAAUGCUCCUCCCCACUAACGGCCGUUUGUGGGGAGGACCGUUGCGUGACGACACUGAAAACGGCUGUGUAACAAACUAUAAAACCCCUUACGAAGUUGUAUAGGUCCAGUAUAAUCGGAAGCAGUUACGGUAUCUCAAAAAUGUCUACAAAGGACAGGCUGUUGUUAAACAAACUUUUUCUAGAGGACUGGCUUCUUUCAUUACACCCUUGUGCUGUAAAAAGCCAACAUUUAUCAGGGGAGGCUGGCACGUUCACAAACUUGCCUACGUAAACCAACGAGGCAGGCGGUUCCGCGAAAGGGAAGGGAAACUGGCACGCGCGAGAAUCCACGCAGGUUCAGUACAUGUCCCGGGUCUUUUCCAACCAAAGCAUCCGCUCGUUUCCCAAUCUAUCCGUGUCUAUUCACAGUUUCGUCUGUGGCGCAGGCUACGUUCAGACCGUAUUGAAAUUAUUCUAAUAUGCUCCAUAAAGAUUUCUUUUUCAUUGCCUAAUAAUUCCGGAAUCACAAUUUAGUGAUUAAAAUUUCUUAGCUUAUUUCAUAAGAUAAGGAGACCAAACUCGGCAUGAAAUCAGCAUGGAAUGUUUUAGAGUUCUUAAAGAGCAAAAUGAUCUACGUAAUCUAUUUAUAUAAGCAAAUAGAUUUUAUUACUGAAACGUAAUUCCGGUAGAAAAUACAUGAAUAAACACUCACGACAUUAUUAGGUAAAAGAACAGAAACCUUUAUGAGGUGUCAUUUCAGAUCCACACGGUGUUUGGUUAAAAAAAGUUAACAAAUAUUUAUCGUUAUAUAUUUUUCAUUAAAUAUCACGUCCUUUGUCUUUGGUCCUCUUCAUGCAGUGAUUAUGACGUCAAGGCCUUUCCUAAUUAUCAAACACAGGAAGCCAAUUUUUUCAAGGGCUGACCCAGGCGCCUUUCUAAGAAAAGCAGGAACUAUCUUCCGGAACUAUCUCUUCUCACUAAUUUCUGGGACCUUUGACAAGUGGAACAAAGCCAGGAUAUUGUUAAAGCCUGAUGGGUGGCAUUGAUUUGUUUUGUUUUGUCCGCCUUGGACGCCGUUCAAAUAGACUAAACAGUUCACGUCCUUGCCGUUUCACUACUCUGAAACUUAUGAGGUAGGCUUGUGGCAAGUCUAUUCAAACCUCAGUGCAUCUUAGAUGUUUCGAAAACGGCACGCCCCUGACACCACGCUAAAUAUAUUCACAAUAUAAAAAUGGAAACUAAUAAAGAAUAAAAAACCUCAUUGCCAUCGAGAGCCGCUAAUGAAGGCCACGAAGUACUUUGGGUCUGAAACUGGUGGAAUGCCGGGCGGAUAUCAAGUUUUUCACAGUUGGUUUGUGGGCGGCCUUCUGUGCGAGAGGACACGACUUUGAUUCCCAGGUGUGACCUCAAAUCCUUGUUGUGAAAUGCCGAGUGCACCGUCGGCCUUAAGCAGUGUCAGCAGUCCGAGUUGAAAGUUAUUUUAAGCUACCGAUGUAAAAAAAAGACGCUAUACCUUUACCGUUGCUUUUACCUUUACAAAUAAUUCUACCGACUUUUUACCUGUUAUGUCUUUCUUUUGUCUGGAUUUAGCUAUACCUUUUUUCCGGCUCAGCAAAAGGAAGGUUCCAUCUAGUCUCCUGUGAAGCCUUAAAUUGUCUUAAAGUGAUAACAAACUAACGCAUUUCCGUUCUCUUUCUGUCUCUUUCUUUUUUUUAUUGUAAAUACGACAAAACGUGGAAUUAACAAACUUUUUUGGGUGUUACCUGCUUAUGCAGCCUUUGCUGAGACUAAUGAUAUUUCCUAAACCCUUUAAACUUUACAUUGCGGUAUAAAGCUUUUAAAUACGAUUCGGAAGGUUAGUAAACCCGCGGGGGGGAGGGUAACUCCUAAGAAUAACAACUGAGUUUUUUUAAAGUAUGGGAGAUAUGUUUCCGUUUGAGUGUAAGGAUUUCUUUCACUCUGCUGAUUGAAGCCACAGGAUACAGAAACGCAGAAACUCUACUGAUACGAGUAGUACAGCUGGAGUACAAUAUGUCACUGAGGAACUAACUCAAAAUUAAUCUCAAAUUUGAUAUUGAUGUUAUCUCUAAUAUCUAGUGUAUAUGGUGGAUGUUAUAUACAAUCCAAGCCAGUGUAUUACAAAUCUUCCUGUCACGCUUACGCGCUUGCAUCCAGUCUCCAUUGACGUCAUCGCGGGCCGGAAGCAAUAAUCAUGAAAUAAGCUAAAACGCAGCUUAGCAACAAAGCUUACAUUCUGACUUACAACUCAAAGAGAACCUGUUACUGAAAUUCUCAAACUACCUAAGAGCUGAAUUAUAAAGGUGAGUAAGGCAGAUUUUCUCCAAAGUUUGAUAUGUUACGCGAUAAUAACCGUUUAGACUCACUAAGUCUACGCCGGGCACAUGCGUAACCUCCACUAUAAGCUGUGAUCGUAGUCAUUUGUCUUUUAUGAUGCAUAUCGGAUGUUGUAUUGAUGCUCAUCUUUAAAUGCAAAUUUCACGCACUAGUUGAAUGAUUUUACGCCGCCAAAAGAAAGACAGAGAUCAGAAGUGUCAUUCAUAAUCAUUCUUUUUGUCGAUGCCACUUUCCUUUAACAAGCGGUGUAGUAACGUUGUAGUAGCGUGUAAUCGGAAGAGUCAGAUAAGAAAGGACAUCUCCUUACAUUAUCUCUUCAGACGAAACUGCCUCAGAAUUGAAAAACGGUGCCGGUAGAGGUCAUAUAUAGACGGUAUGUAUUUUACGGCACACGAUAAUGAAUGCCCUGCUCAUAUUCCCAAACAUUAUGAAAAGGUUUUAAAUCUACCGCAACUAUUCUGGCUCACGACCUUUCCACAAACACCCCCUUUCGACGCCUGUUACGCAGGCUAGACUUAAAAAGUGCGUUUUCCAGUAGCAACGAACCAUUAACUGAGUUUUGUUAUUGUGCAAGAGAUUGUUGAAUGUGACAAGCAGAUCGUGACGACGGGGAUUCUUAGGACUGGCGUAGGGACUAAGCCGGACUUCAGGGGACUUGAAAACAUGCUCAGUGUUAAUCCUCAAAGAUGAUCAUAUAGCCGUCUUCAUUCCGGUGUACUGCCAAGGAUAACAAGAGAUGGCAGAAAGAUAAUUGUCAGUCUAUUUUGACACACAAAUUAGUUCUGAAGUCUUCGAUGUUUUUGAUCACUGCCAAUGAUCAUUGCCAAAUUAGCGUAAUCUUACUUAAUGAUUACUCACUCAUUUAUGACCGCGAUCCGCACAUGUAGCACUAGAAUUACUGUAGCUGUCCACGGUAUAGAUACAUUCCGAUAUGUACUUGGAGAGAUUAUUUUCACUCACAACAAACACUUAAAAAACCAGGCCUGCCACCUACCGCUUAAUUAAUCUUUGUUUUGUUUGCGCCCACGAAAUCCGAUGAAUAUGUACUGUAUACAACUUUCAUCAACUCUUAGUUGAAGGUUCGCUCAAAAGAAUAAGUUUCUGUUUUCUCGACUUAGAAAGAACUGGCCCUGACUAUGUGAUAGUAUAGUGCUCGAAAAUUUCUCUUGGACAAUCAGUAUCGAGACAGCUAAUAAAAUCACUUUAAUGUUCAAAAAAGUACGUUUUAAAGGAAUUAUUUAACUGUAACUGUGUGUGGCAACAAAAAAAUCUAAAAACUAAUCUACUUGAAAAUCAAUUCAUUAAUCUAUGCGAAGACGAUGACAGCGAGUGACGUUAGAAUAACUGAUUUUUUGUGCGGCUCUAAGUGUUUCGCAACGGUGAACCUUUGGAUGAGUCAGAAAUGCUUUAUUGCGCGUUCAAGGCUCAUUAAAUAAUGCUUGAGCAAAAAUUUAACCAAAUUUAUCAGUCUUAGUUUGUGAACAUGUGCCUUAAAGUCUCCAAGUUGAGGACUCUGAAACCACGAAAAGUAUUAUUCUUUUUGGAAUCGCUAACAAGGCGCUACUCAACGCAGGAAAUGGUUUACAAAAGACAUUAAAACCGCCCAGAAUUCUUCAGCUUUUUACAAUUGGAAACCAAAGAUACUCUAUGAAAGAAAACAUUUCGCAAAAGGCUACUUGAAUGUAUUGUUGUAGACGGUGAGUUUUUCCGGGCUGUUGUUGAAACAGGAAGCCCAACCCAUGUAUUUUAUUUUAUCCCCGAGAUCGAGAUAUCGGGCACAAAUAAUAUAAAAGAAUCUUUCGUUUUAGUUUGACCUUAAAUCCUCUCUUCACCCUAGGGAUCAGUUUGCUGUUAAAUCUUUUACUGAUCCAGAUCCUUUUUUAUGUUUUGCUGAUCUGUUUGAACGUCAACUCUAGACUUAUGCUUUAGUUCAGUGAUAUACAAAUCACUUUCCAAGUAACUUGAUCAAGUUCGGAACUCGUAUAUGGUUGAAUUCAGUCUAAACCAAUUACGGGUAUGUCGCGAUGGAUUUCCUAGCCUUGUGCAAAAGGAGAUGUAGUGAAUCACCUUAGCACCUCAUCUUUAGUACGUUGUAGCGCUAAGCUGAGCGCAUUAUUGAAGCACGGAACUAACAUUUCAUCCAGGAGGACUAGUAAUACUAAGGAUCGUGAGCAUAUUUAUUUAUAAUAAUGCUGCAGGUCAUAUUCCCCUCUUUUUCGUUUUAACAGAAUGUACUUAAAGGGAUUUUUUUUUCUCACUUCAGUUACGCCUGCAGUAAAGGAAAAGGGAGGAUGGCGAACAAGGCUUUGAUUUGUUCAACUUUUCUGAUUCUGCUAGAGCUGUUGGAUUUGAUUGAUAUCGCUGCCAGCAAAGGUUAGUUACUUGUAGUCUUAGUUGUAAAAAAUGCGUGAGAAAAUCAACUCUGUGCCUAUAAGCUAAUCAAGGUGCAGGGGAUAUUGGGUACAUUAUUAGGUUUCUCCUCUGUCAGCUGAGAUUUGCUACAUAUCAGCAAGCAUGUAAUUAACAAGGCUAAGAUAAAUAACCUUCAGGCCUGUUAUCAAAGAUUCCUACAGCUGUAACCUAAGUUUAAUAUUCUGGCUUUCUACUUUUAAUUUGACGGCAGCGUGAUGGGAACAUAAAUGCUGUAAUAACGUUGAUGGCGAUGACAAUCACGAGGACGACGACGACGAUGAUGGUGGUGGUGGUGGUGAUGGUGGUGGUGAUGGUGGUGGUGAUGGCGGUGGUGAUGAUGGUGGUGGUGGUGGUGAUGGUGGUGGUGAUGAUGGUGGUGAUGAUGGUGGUGGUGAUGGUGGUGGUGAUGGUGGUGGUGGUGGUGGUGGUGGUGAUGAUGGUGGUGAUGAUGGUGGUGAUGAAUGAAAUGAUACGAUGAUGAUAAGAAUAAAAAUUACGUUAUAAACGCAGCGAAAAUUACUAGUUGGCGGUUGACUUCACGAUGGCCACGUAGGAUGAAAGAACAAAAGCUUUUCCCUCCACUGGGAAAUUAACUCUUUUUUCAUGUCUGCUUUGUAACUUGGUUGGUUGCAAACCAAGAAUAUCAAUGGAAUACUUACCAUGAUUUUUUUUUUUACAUUUUCUUUAGUACCUCCCUCGGUUUUGUGCGGUAAACCUCACGAGACAGUGGUUGCCUUGGAUCCUUCAAAUCAUGCGUACUAUCCAUUUUAUGUCAAGCUUCACCGCUGCAUGGGCUCUAAGGGUGCACUUAGUCCUAAGGUGCGUCGCUGUGUGCCCAGUGGUUUCGAAGAAUUGAACAUUCCAGUAUAUGAACCAGCAAAAAAUUAUAAGCGAACGAAUCUUUUGGUUAAAAACCACACGAGCUGCACAGACGAGUGUGUGGCUAGCCCUGAAAUGUGCAAUCUUGUCCUGGAAAAGUGGGAUGAGGAAUCAUGCACUUGCCAAUGCAUGUACCCGGAUGAGCCACCGAAGGAGCAUGCUUGCAAGGAACGGUUCAGGUACGUUGAAAUCACAUCGGGAGCUUCCAAAGUCCCUUUCCCUCAGGUUUCGAUUAUUGAUCGCCUGGACAGACUUUGGAGCCAUAGUAAAAGUAGAAAUCUAUGCGAUGAACGAAAGUCCAAGACAGUUGACCUUUUUAAGCCCAACUCAUACGCCUCGUUGCUUUGUUCUAGCCAUUUGGGGUCAUCCAAAAAACAGGCUACACGCUGCGCCACUGAGAUGGGCUAACGGUCCUCAAUAUACUUACGUGAAAUUUCCCGGGGAUAGCUGAAAAGCUAAUGUACCUUACAAUGAUCAAAACGUAGCUCUUACACGCAGUGAAACACUUGGAAAAAAAAAACGUUUAAGAAUUUUAAAUCGGAAACAGCAAGCAUACCCUGCGAGCAUAGGCUCUUCGAUCUUCCUAUUUAGUUCGCGCACGAAAAACAUGAUAGCGAGUGAAGAAAUGGCCGCGUUAAUAAUUUGCCAUCUCUGCCUUUUGCUCUUUGCCGUAAGCCUGAUGCUUGAAUAUGAGCAGUGCUUCAAGUACAUUUGCUUUUAUUCUUUAAAGGUGGAACAAGCACUGGUGCAGAUGCGAGUGUGAUCGAGCACCCGAUCACUGCCCGCUGAGAAUGGUAAGACAUUUUUUCCAUUGGAAAUCGACGUCAUUUCCUAAGUUAUAACGAUUACGGGAUAAAUAGCCUUUACUUUUGUUACAUACCGAUGAGCACAGAGGUAACGCAUAUAAUAGGAGUCAUCCAACAUGGCGUACUCCCACGACUUUCGGUAUUAUUCUCUUUCUUCAAUCUACAUUCACCAUUUUAGACCAGUGAAUAUACUCGACCGCCGAUGCGGUCUUUGUUGAAGUCAGAUUUGACCGUCACAAUUCAUUUUCCAAUUUCAGUGGCUCGUAUCCAAUUUGAAGUUGUUCUAAUUUCAGGUUUUCAAUUUUUCUCUAGCGGGUAGAGUAUAGUAGGUCAUGCCCUCUGCCAUAGGCACCUGGCUAUGUACACUUGUGAAACUUCAAAAGCGAAUAUUCUCUGGAAAAACUUGAUGUUGUUGUUCUUGUCGAGGAAUCACUGAUUUUGCUACAUAACUGAUUUAUACGCAGGUUUGGAGCAAUGAAAUAUGUGGUUGUAGGUGCCAGGACAGUGCAGUCAACAGUUGCCUAGAAAUGAACAUGGGAAUUGAUGUUCAAUGCAAUUGUGUAAACGUGCAGGCCAGCGGUACGGGACCAGAAGGUAAGCGCACGCAUACAGAGAAGAACCUGUGCCUUUUCCUUUUCUGAGGCCCCAACUAAUUUCUUUUUUUUAGCUCAAUUUCAAUUGCGAAGGAGGUAAAUGAUCUAGAUGACAUCCUAUAAAUGUUGAAAUAUAUUCUCGAGAAGCACAGUUUUCUCGUAUUAACGUGGCGACCACGUUAUAAGUUAAAACCUUGCGAACAAGGCAUCAUUUUGCCACAAAUGCAUGAAGUUUUCUGGAGUCGCAGAUGAUCGCCAAAAGACUUAAUACCACAGAUUAAAUAGACGUUUUUUUAGGGCUUAGCCAUAUUAGAAAUUAACUAACUUUUGUAUGCCUAUCCCUACAGUUGAAUCUAAGAACCGCAUGUACAUUACACUUUUGAUUGGUCAAGCAGCAGUGAUUAUAAUUCUUGUUUGCGCUCUGGUGCACUGGGUACGAAAAGGAGGCAACUCCGCCCAUUCUCCUCUUGAUAGAUCAGAGUCGAGCGGGACUGCUGACGAGGAUGUAUCUACACCAUGUAAGUAUCUUUUGCAGUCGCUCAUGCCUCCUUUGAGACGUAUUUCCCUUCUUUAAAAUGUUUAGCGAUUUUUACUUAAUUUACCGUAACAACAGUACUAAGAUUUCUUUGGCAAUUGACCUAUAAGAAGCAGCUAGUGAUCUGUUGUAACACGUGAAUAAAAGGAAGAGAGGAAGGAUGAAUCAGUCAAUUGAUGAAUGAAUGAGUGAACGAACGAACGAACGAACGAACGAGUAGAUGGAUGGUGAAUGAUGAAUGAAUGAAUGAAUGAAUGAAUGAAUGAAUGAAUGAAUGAAUGAAUGAAUGAAUGAAUGAAUGAAUGGAUGGAUGAAUGAAUGGAAUGGAUGGAUGGAUGGAUGGAUGGAUGGAUGAAUGAAUGAAUGAAUGGAUGGAUGGAUGGAUGGAUGGAUGGAUGAAUGGAUGGAUGGAUGGAUGGAUGGAUGGAUGGAUGGAUGGAUGAAUGGAUGGAUGGAUGGAUGAAUGAAUGAAUGAAUGGAUGAAUGAAUGAAUGAAUGAAUGAAUGAAUGAAUGAAUGAAUGAAUGAAUGAAUGAAUGAAUGAAUAUAUACGUACAUGUUUGCAUGCAUGGUUUAAAGCAUUAUUACAUUGGAUGAACGGAUGGAUAAAUGAGUGAAUGGAUGGAUAGAUGGAUGGAUGAGUGACUGAAUGAAACCAUAAUAUGUGAAUGAAUGCAUUAUUCACACAUGGGUAUAUAAACGUAUGGGUACAUACUCUAAUGAAUGAAAUUUGUGCUGAAUCUUGCAGAUUUAGAGGUGGCGGUGGAAUCGGAAUCUACAGAGUCCUUAGAGGACAGCAAGCUGGAUCCAGAUAACCUUAGCGUCACUGUACCACUGUCACCGAAGGAAAGAACGACAGAUUUAUAG